UAUGUAGCCUGAGACUAACUUCCGGCCGGAAACCGAAAACCAUACUAAUUCCCUACAUUUAGAACGUAGACUCAUAUCAGUUGUCAAAGGUUUAAAUACAAAAGAUACCAGCCAUGGAGUCAUAUCUAACAUUGCUUUAUCUUACACUGGAGCAAGAAGAAGCAGUGAAAAAAUUGUUCCUUCAAAAAGGAUGGAAGUAUCUUAAAGCAGAUCUGUCGUCGAUGACAGACACUCUUGGGCCUUCAGCUGCAGUGAGGCCUGGAAACGUCUCUGUUGUUGCCACCAAGAGAAAAGCUGCAGAGAAUCCGCAAAAGCAAAAUGGUGGACUGAAUUCUGGCUUCAAUACAGCUGCUUCUGCAAAUACUUCAAAAAGAAGGAAAACUGGUGAAGGUCAAGGCAUGCAUGAAAAUCUGACACUGAAUACUUACGUUUCUGGAAAUCACUCAUUGAAAGGGGAGUUUUGGGAAGAUGAAAAGCUGACGGAUUGUUGGAAUGACAACCAAGCAUUGCGGCCUGGAGGUAUUGGGCUGAAACAAUCCACAUCCAUAUACGCUGACGGAGCAAACGCAGCCAUUCCAGGGGAGCAGUUUCAGCCACCUCAGAGCAAACAAAUUACACUCGUACAGUGCGGUAUAUGUGAGAGGAAAUUCAAGAAGGCGAAAUACUUUAGUAUCCACUGGCGAAAGGAGCAUGCUGUGAAAUGCUCAAAAUGUGUCGCGCCACUGAACAACGUAAAAGAGCUAGUUUUGCAUAUGAAGACCCAGCAUGGCGCCAUGAAGAUCACCUGUAAUGUGUGUCAGGUAGAGGUAUCAGAUGAGGUUGAGUUUACCAAGCAUUCUGGUGACCGCCACUCAGAAUUGGAAGCCUCUGGGGAUGCGUCCAGCGGAGUCAUGACUUACCGCUGUGGCACUGAACAGUGCAACGAAAAGUUUCCAUCUGCAGUGGAAUUUGAAAGUCAUUUUAUUACGCACUUCUCGCAUAUUGAGUUUGAAGAUAAACAAUGCAUGAAAGUUACAAAGGUUGUGUCACCAACUUCUGAUAAUAAUUCUCUGAUCCAGUCAAAUUAUCAGCAGCCAGUUUCAGAUCAACUUGAUGCAGGCAUGAACGAGUCAAACACUGAAAUGAGUGUGAACGCUGACAAGCAUGAUAUGGAUGCAUCCAACCCAAUGCCUGUUCCUGUGGUAUUCAAAUGCAACAAUUGUAAUAAAUCUUUCAGAACUGUCAAACAGUUUAAUGACCACUCGAAUGCAGUCCAUGCUUUAAAAUGUCCACACUGCCAAGGAAAAUACAAGUCCCAAGACCUUUUAAUCAACCAUUUAAAACUUGUUCAUGGCGCAAAAAUGAUGCAGUGCACACUGUGCCAACAAGCUGUUGCACCUGGUGUUGUUUUUGAUAAACACUUUGAAGACUUUCACAGUGAGAAUCAGUCAGCAAGCACAUCCUGCAGUCUGGAGUUGUAUUUGUGUGGGUAUGAAAAUUGCGCAACAAGUUACGCGACUGAGUCCGAGUUCGAUGCUCACUUUUUGUUACACAUUGCAGACCUGAAGUUACCUAUACCAGGCUACACAAUAAUUCCAGAUAAUAAUACGAGGAAAGAAACACGGUUUGCUACAAGUUUGGACCCAGCCAACGUGGUGGACCAGACCAAUGUUGAGCGACAUAUUUGUAAGGUAUGCAAGCAUUCAUUUAAAAGAAUUAGGGGCCUUACUAAGCAUUUUUACCAAAGACAUGAUCCAGCCUUUAAGUUCAAGUGUCCAAUGUGUGUGAAGAAAUACAACACCGAAGACAGGUGUUUGCGGCAUAUUUACAGUCACGAACGAAAAGCUUACAAGUGCACAUUCUGCGACAAAGUAUUCCCUAAUCUAAAUCAGUGUAGACCGCACUUCCAAAAUGAACACAAGAUCAAAUCUAUCAAAGAAAUUAUGUCACAAAUACUGAGGCUCUGCCGGUAUGGUGACUGUGACAAAGUUUUCAAGGACGAUACAGAGUUUGGAAACCAUGUGCGUAAACAUAAAGAUGAAGUGUCCAUGGAUAUUAUUAGAGCCACUGUUCAAGUACAGCCUAAAGUUUUGGAUAUGGUGGGCACUGGUCAAGUACCUGACGAUGAUGUGGAUAUGGAAGAACUAGGUACUGAGGAAAAAAAUGCAUUAUUAGUAGACGAAGGUGACCAUAAAAACCUGACCAAACCUUCUAUCUUAUCUCCAAGUGCUAUUGUUGAUGACAGUAUCAAAAUGGAUGACAAGCAAGCAUUUACAAGAGAGGAAGGUGCCAAUGACAUGGUAGAGGUGCACAUAACAAUAAAUGAAUAAGAAGUGAACAGAGACUUCAGAAAUAAAUUGGAUUGUAAAGGUGUGAAACAUUCUUGAAGAUUUUUAGCACAUUCCUACAUUGUAUGAACAUCAAUAAAGACUUUCCUAGAUUGUAUAUGGAGUUGUGUGGCAAUUUGAUGAGUGUGAACUGACAAAAACAUAAUUGUAUUACACAUGCUUAUGGUAGACAUAAACAAGCCUCUUUCUGAGAAAACUGGGCGUAAUGCAUGUGCGUAAGUUGUCGUCCCAGAUUAGCCUGUGCAGUCUGCACAGGCUAAUCAGGGACGACUCUUUCCACUUUUAUGGUAUUUUUAGUUUCAAGGAAGACCCUCCUUACCUAAAUCAAGUUUAGGCGUAAAGUGUCCAGUUUUAUCAGAACAACCCUCAUAUAAUCUAUCAUGAAUUAACUUGUGCAGAUGUUUACCUUAUGAUGUAAUGAUUCACAGUCUUAUAUUAUGGUUUUCUACAUUUAUGCAUCAUGUACUGUUUGGUAGAUCAAGCAUGUGUGUGAAUAGUUGAUUUGUGUGUGUGUAAAUUUGAUGGUUGAUUUGUGUGUUUGUUAAUUGAAUGGUUGAUUUAAGUGUGUGUAUAAAUUGAAUAGUUAAUUUGUGUGUGUACAUAUUGAAUGGUUAAUUUUAUGUGUGUAAAUAUUGAAUGGUUAAUUUGUGUGUGUAAAUAUUGAAUGGUUGAUUUGUGUGUGUAAAUAUUGAAUGGUUGAUUUGUGUGUGUAAAUAUUGAAUGGUUGAUUUGUGUGUGUAAAUAUUAAAUGGUUGAUUUGUGUGUGUAAAUAUUAAAUGGUUGAUUUGUGUGUGUAAAUAUUGAAUGGUUGAUUUGUGUGUGUAAAUAUUGAAUGGUUGAUUUGUGUGUGUGUAUAUUACUUAGUUUUUUGUGUGUUCAUUUAUUAAAUGAACAAUUUGUGUGUAACCUAUUAUUAGAUUUGUAAGUGUGAAAGUUGAAUGAUUUGUGUGUGUGUCUGCAUGUAAAGUGAAUGGUUGUGUCUGUAUGUGUGUCUGUAUAAAUUGAAUGGUUGAUUUGUGUCUGUGUAAAUUUAAUGGUUGAUUUACUCAUAUGAUUGCAAUGGUAAGUAUCUGACUGUUAAAUUCUUGUUUUAUUUUCCUACAUUUAUAUUAUAAAGAAUGUAUUCCUUGACUUUGUAUGGCAAUUAGAUGAAGUGACACAUCUUUUAUUUUGGCCAAUAAAUGUUUGCAUGUUGAUGGUGGCCGAACCAUUGCCAACCCUUCUUUUCAUGCCGUCACUAUAUUUUUCAAUAUGAUAACUGCUGCUAAUAAGAAACUUAUUUCAUUGUUGUAUAAAAUUAUAAUUGAAGGAAGAGUCAAAUUUGUACGCCCACCUUCGCGAAAGAGGGAGAAUAUUUGUUUUUGGCCUGUCUGUCUGUCAAACUUAAACUUUAACCUUGGUCAGAACUUUUGCAAUAUUGAAGAUAGCAACUUGAUAUUUGGCAUGCAUGUGUGUCUCAUGGAGCUGCACAUUUUGAGUGGUGAAAGGUCAAGGUCAUCCUUCAAGGUCAAAUAUAUGGGGGGGGGGGGGGUGACAGUGUUUCACAAACACAUCACUUGUUGAAAGAGCUCUUGAUAAUAUAUGUCUUGUUCUGUGAAAGCUGGUCAUAAUGCAUGUGCAGAAGGUGUCGUCCCAGAUUAGCCUGUGCAGUCUGCACAGGCUAAUCAGGGACGACACUUUCAGCAUAAACUUGAUUUUCGGUAAUGAGGGACUUCCUUGAAACUAAAAAUACCAUUAAAGCGGAAAGUGUCGUCCCUGAUUAGCCUGUGCGGACUGCACAGGCUAAUCUGGGACGACACUUUACGCACAUGAAUUAAGCACAGUUUUCUCAGAACAAGACACAUAAGUAUUUCAAUUUAAAUGUUUAACCAUAAAACCCCAAACUCAUGACCACUUCAAAAAACAAAAAAACAUUAACAUCCCAAAGGUAUACCAGUAUUUUGGUGGUACCAUUGUUGAAUACCUGGUAUUAUUAUUUUAGAUGUGGUGUAUUUAUAAUUCAUGCUAUUCCAUAGCGUUUAUUAUGUAGAGUGUGUCUCACAAAGCUUCUUAAUAAUAUCCUUUGUGUUUAUUUUAUUUACAUUAGAUCAACACAAAUUAUGUCAAUUUAUAGCGUCUUUUGAAAGAUGUUGAAUGAACAUUUUUAUUUUAGAAGCAGAUUUAAUUAAGCACAUAGAUUGAAAAUUUUGCUUUUGCUUAAAAAAUGUUAGCAUGUGUCAUUGUUAAUGUUUCAUGUUGUUGGCUUGUUCAAUAAAAAUUUAUUUACACAAAACCUCUUACAAGUUGGUAUAUGCGAUACACUGUGGUACCUUAAAAUGAUCACUGCGCAUAAUAGCAUCUUGCUUUAACACACCCAAAGGCAGCUUUGUAUGUGUGAUUUUUAGCUCUACUGGCCAAAGGCCUGAAGAGCUUAUGUCAUGGCGUGGUUUCUGUCGUCCGUCCGUCAGUGCGUGCGUUAGACUU